AUGGCUGUGUUUUGGUUUGUAUUUGAGUCCCCUUUUGACACCCAACCCCCUGAGAUCUGUACGUGCCGGGCCUUUUUUCCUUUAGCAGGGGAUUUUAGAGAAGCAGAGGACAGGCAGAAGGAGCGAGAGGGUAAGCAGUUGAGCUUUUCCUUGUUCAGCCACUCGUCUUACGCGAAGAGUGAGGAGGAAGAAGGCCAGGAUCCAGAGAGAGAAGAGCCGGAGCAGGACGACGUUGACAUUGGGGUCAAGCACACAAGAGAUAUGGGUGUACAGUGUGAUCCAGACCCACUGUUACAAGAGAACAUGGCCUUGAAAGCUGAGCUGAGGAGGUUACAGGGUCACAAGUUGUCGGUUGACAAGAUAAAGGAUGAUAACACCAAGACGAAAUUCUACACUGGAAUGCCUAGCUUUGCAGUUUUCAUGUGGCUAUUCAACUACCUAGUGCCCAAGUGCAAAGAGAUGGUUUACUGGAGAGGUUCUGCUGUUACCCCUGGAGAGAGGACACGACCUAGACGUGUGAUGUCAUUGGAGCCAAUAGACCAGUUUCUUGCCACGAUGAUGCGACUUAAAAUUGGAUUAUAUGUUGAAGAUAUUGCUGAACGCUUUGUAAUGUGUUUGAGCUAAAAGCCUUGU